AUGGUGAUGUUAAGGAGUAGUGGAAUUCAGGUAGAAGCUGAGUCCAAUUAUGACAGGAAGAGUGAGUUAAAAGCUUUUGAUGAUACAAAAGCUGGUGUUAAGGGACUAGUGGAUGCUGGGGUUUCAGAGGUUCCUCGUAUCUUCAAGCAAGAACAUCAUAACCACGGUGAAGAAUCUGGAUGUAAUUUGGAGUUCAGCAUUCCAAUCAUAGACCUCAAAGGCAGUCUUGGAGAUUCAAAUUUACGCAGACAGAUCAUUGACAGAGUUCAUGAUGUCGGCAAAAAGUGGGGUUUCUUUCAUGUGAUCGAUCAUGGAAUUCCAAUGAAUAUUAUGGAUGAGGUGAUUGAUGGUAUUCGAAAAAUUCAUGAACAAGACAGUGAAGUGAAGAAAGAAUUCUACACACGCGAUUUUGCAAUAAAAGUUUUCUAUAUGUCCAAUUUUGAUUUGUAUCAAUCGGCUGCAGCUAAUUGGAGGGAUACAUUUGGUUGUACUGUGUCUCCUAAUCCUCCCAAGCCUCAACAAUUGCCUGAUAUUUGCAGGGACAUAGUGAUCAAGUACACAAACCAAGUGAUUAAGCUGGGGGAUAUACUAUUUGAGUUAAUCUCAGAGGCAUUGGGACUUCGUCCUCGCUACCUAAAGGACUUGGGUUGCGCAAAGGGGCUUUUACUAUUAGGUCACUAUUAUCCAGCAUGCCCUGAACCUGAUUUAACCAUGGGCACUAAUAAACACACUGAUGGCACAUUCAUCACUGGACUUUUACAAGACCAAAUAGGAGGCCUCCAAGUUCUUCAUGAGAAUCGGUGGAUUGAUGUCCCUCCCAAGCGUGGAGCUCUACUAGUAAAUAUUGGAGACCUUCUGCAGGGAACAUACUUUUCGAGUUGCUAUCACAGGCAUUGGGCCUUAACCCGUCAAGUGAAGGAAAUGGGUUGUGCCAAGGGACUGUUACUUUCGGGACACUGUUAUCCGGCAUGCCCUGAACCAGAUUGA